GCACGAUCCUGCCCGUGAGCAAUCUCCCAACUCAUCUCUGUAGUUACCUUGAAAAACUAAAGGAGUGAGUUCGAGCCGGACUCGAUGCGGUGGUGUAUAACCUAGAAGACACGUUGGUUCGCGGCGAAUCAUCACUGAAUUUCUUCUUUCGAAACGGCAUCUCUUACAAUGUGGCUCGGUGCUAUAGCAAGUAACGUCUUUCGUAGUAUCUUUUCUGAUUCUCCGCCGAACGCGGUUCUGGAGGUGAAGCAGCAGCAAUACAGCAGCAGGCAUAUUCACUGCAGGGAGGACAGCAUCGUAUUGUACACUCCGGAUGUCAAGCAUCAUGAGAAGUACGAUGUGGUACUGCACUUACCGUUCACCGAAAGUCUGGAUCAGGCUUACAGCCUGUUCCGCAGUGAGAACGUUACUUUGGCGGAGGAUCGGUUUCUCAUUUACAAGGAAAAGAUCCCUGUGCUAAUUCGGGUGUCCAAAGAGAUGUGCACCACGGGUAACCUUCAAAAACUGUGCGACUUAUUGAUGGAGCAUCCGACAUGGACUUUGGCUCAUCUUGCCGCAUACUUUGCUCUCUACGAAGCUUUCAAUCACGCCGAGGUGAACAGCCAGUUAAACAGCGGCGACUUGGAGACAGGCAUGUCUCCUCUGCAGGUUGCCAUACAGUGCAAUAACCUACGGAUGGUGCAACUGCUGAUAACUUCGAAGAGCUCCUUGGAGCACAUAGAUUACCAUGCUAACACGGUCUACCACUAUGCAGCGAACACGACCAAAGAGAUUAUCCUAGCACUGGGCUCGGGCUUGCCGAACACCCUGAACAGUCGUAACAGCGGAGGCCAGACUCCGCUGCAUCUGGCCUGCCUCAACGACAAGCCUGCAUGCGUGAAAGCUCUCUUGCUGAUGGGAGCCGACGUGAACAUCUCUGCUACGGAGGGUCAGCCAUCGAGUCCAGGUUACGUAGGGGAUUUCCUGCAUAGUAAGCCCAACGUUCUGCACGCAGAAGAUAUGAAGUUUGGUGGGACGCCCCUGCACUGGUGCUGCAGUAGAGAGGCCAUCGAAGCUCUUAUCGAAAAGAACUGUGACAUAGACGCCUUGAACUUUGACGGUCGGACAGCUCUGCACAUGAUGGUUAUCAGGAAGAGACUUCAGUGUGUAUCGGCUCUGCUGGGUAACCUGGCCUCGGUGGACAUAGUGGACAACGAGGGCAAUACUCCGCUGCACUUGGCGGUACACACGAGCACCCCAGCCAUCGUGCAGUUGCUCAUAGGCUUCGGAACCGACAUCAAUGCGAUGAAUUACAAAGGAGAGACGCCGAGGCAUCUCGUCGAGUUGAAAAGCAACGAAGGGCACAAGAUACUCUACAUCCUGCACGCGGUGGGUGCCCAGCGGUGCCCGCCGGUCAUGCAGGACUGCAAGAUGGGGUGUAAAUGCAACGAAACUUACGAAGGAGUGUCCCCGCCGCAGCCACCCACCGCCGUGCCCAGAACCGUUCUGGACCAGAUGCUGUACGUGGCCAGCAUGGAGAAGAUGGCUCUGGACAAGGGCCAGAGCAGUGGCAAGAAACGAAGCCCGGGCGGCAGACUCCUCUGCCUGGACGGAGGAGGAAUCCGAGGCCUGGUCCUGGUCCAGACUCUGCUCGAGAUCGAGUCGGUUUUAAAGAAGAGGGUCGUCGACUGCUUCGACUGGGUAGCCGGCACGUCGACCGGAGGCAUUCUGGCCCUGGGCCUGGCCACCGGGAAAAGCCUGAGGGAGUGCCAAGCCCUUUACUUCAGGAUCAAGGAGGUGGCCUUCGUGGGCUUUCGGCCGUACAGCAGCGAGGGCUUGGAGAACGUCCUGAAGGAGUGCCUCGGCUCGGAGACCGUCAUGGCCGACAUCCCCAGACCCCGAGUCUUGGUGACUGGGGUCCUGGCCGACAGGAAACCCAUCGACCUGCACCUCUUCAGGAACUAUGAGUCGCCGGAGUCGAUUCUCAUGGUCAGCCCGAGCCAGCAAUUUAAGCCCACAUUGGGGCCCAGCGAGCAGCUCGUUUGGAAGGUCGCCAGGGCCACUGGGGCCGCGCCCUCCUACUUCAAGUCAUUCGGCAGGUUCCUCGACGGGGGACUCAUCGCUAAUAAUCCUACCCUGGACGCCAUGAGCGAGAUCCACGAGUACAACCUCGCCCAGAUGGCCGUCGGCAGGGACGACCAGGUGGUCCCGCUCUCUCUGGUGGUUUCCCUCGGAACCGGCCUGGUCCCCGUGAGUCCCCUCACCGAGAUCGACUUUUUUUUCCCGGAGAAGCUCUGGGACACCGCCAAGCUCGCCAUGCGGCUCUCCACUCUCGGCUCGCUCCUCGUGGAUCAAGCCACCUCGUCGGAUGGCAGGGUCGUCGACAGAGCCAGAUGCUGGUGCUCCAUGAUCGGAGUCCCUUAUUUUAGGUUCAGCCCCCAGCUCUCGACCGAGGUCCCCAUGGACGAGAAGAGCGACGAGGUCCUAGCCGAGAUGAUCUGGACCGCCAAGGCGUUCAUGCACGCCAACAGGGAACAGGUGAAGGACCUCGCCUCGAUAAUCGACCAGUACUCCUAGGUGCACGGAAGACGGUCCCCGAGAUCCAUUGACUAAUCCCACGAUUCUUCCCCUAGGGAACGUUUAGGUAAAUAAUCUUGAGCGAUUACGUGAAACGACGAGCGCGUCGAUGCGUCGAUGCGUCGAGGAGUUGCCGAAUUGAAACGGACGUACUCGAUGAAUUAAAUGUUAGAGUUAAAGUAGUCGCUUCAGAGGCGUCGACUAGCGGAGAGCACUUAUCGCGCCUCGAGUAGGAUAGCUCGGGUAACCGUGAACUCGCUAUUCGUCCAGCUCAACCUCCAAGUUACCGUUAGUUAGGAUUAAUAACGAUUCGUAGAACAAUUGCUUUUAUUUAUUGUCGCAAUGCCUGCUAAAGUUGAAUAAAUUAACGAGGAGGACCAGAA